CCACAUGCAUACAUCCAUAACACGCUCCAGGCUCGUUCCGCCGCUCCGCCCAUAUUAAUGGUUAGUUCCCAUCCAGUAAAAUACCGCUCGAACGUGAUAACCUCCAGGCUCAAUCAAGUCAACGAAAGCCUACUUACGAAUCUUCGUUGGCAGCCGACUGCAUUCUGGCGGAUGAAUUCUAAGGGAGGUGUCCUUUCGGUAAUGGCGGCCAACUCGCCUUGGGAAGAUUGAAGGCGUUGCUUCCGUCUACAGGUCUUCACCGACAGAUUUUGCCCCAUCCGGUUCUAUUUUUUAUGAAUCUGAGAGUGACCAGAGGUUUGUCGAACCCUUGGUUGUCAAGUUUGCCUCUUCGUUUGCCUGCGCUGGUUAGCCAGUACUGAGCCAUCAUGCCCACGGUCAAAGGAGACGGUAUGCGGGGCCUGGCGGUCUUCAUAUCGGACAUCAGAAACUGCAAGAGCAAGGAAGCUGAGAUCAAGCGAAUCAACAAGGAGCUGGCUAAUAUACGCUCCAAAUUUAAAGGCGAUAAAACCCUGGAUGGCUACCAGAAGAAGAAGUACGUGUGUAAGCUGCUCUUCAUCUUUCUGCUGGGCCACGACAUUGACUUUGGCCACAUGGAGGCUGUCAACCUGCUCAGCUCCAACAAGUACACAGAGAAGCAGAUCGGCUACCUGUUCAUCUCGGUUCUGGUGAAUGAGAACUCGGACCUGAUGCAGCUGGUCAUCCAGAACAUCAAGAAUGACAUGUCGAGCCGCACGCCCAUCCACAUCAACCUAGCGUUGCACUGCAUCGCCAACAUCGGCAGCAAGGCCAUGGCCGAGACGCUGGGGCCCGAGGUGCCCAAGCUCCUGGUGUCUGGGGACACCAUUGACGAAGUGAAGCAGAGUGCCGCGUUGUGCUUGCUGCGGCUGUACAGAACGGACUCACACUGCAUCCCCAGUGGGGAGUACCACAGUAGAAUUAUACACUUGCUGAACGACCAACACAUGGGUGUAGUGACAGCCGCGACGAGUCUGAUCCACGACCUUGUCCUGGACAAUCCCGAGGACUACAAGGGCUGCGUCUCGCUGGCCGUGUCCAGACUCAGCAGGAUCGUGACAUCGUCCUACACAGACCUGCAGGACUACACCUACUACUUUGUGCCGGCGCCGUGGCUGUCCGUCAAACUGCUGAGACUCUUGCAGUGCUACGGGCCACCGGAUGACCCGGCCAACAGGGGCAGGUUGAACGAAUGCCUGGAGACCAUCCUCAACAAAGCGCAGGAGCCGCCCAAGUCCAAGAAGGUCCAACAUUCCAACUCCAAGAACGCCGUGCUGUUCGAGGCCAUCAACCUGAUCAUCCACCACGACAGCGAGCCCAACCUGCUGGUGCGGGCCUGCAACCAGCUGGGCCAGUUCCUUCAGCACAGGGAGACCAACCUGAGGUAUCUUGCCCUGGAGAGCAUGUGUCUGCUGGCCUCCUCCGAGUUCUCCAGGGAAGCCGUCAAGAAGCACCAAGAGACAGUUGUAACAGCAUUGAAGACGGAGCGAGACGUCAGCGUGCGCCAGCGAGCCGUGGACCUCCUCUAUGCCAUGUGCGACCGGACCAACACGGAGGAGAUCGUGGGCGAGAUGCUGGACUACCUGGAGAAGGCCGACUACUCCAUCCGAGAGGAAAUGGUGUUGAAGGUGGCUAUCUUGGCUGAGAAGUUUGCGGUGGACUACACGUGGUAUGUGGACACGAUACUGAACCUGAUCCGCAUCGCUGGAGACUUUGUAAGCGAAGAGGUGUGGUAUCGUGUGAUCCAGAUCGUGAUCAACCGGGAGGACGUGCAGGGCUAUGCCGCCAAGAUGGUGUUUGAGGCUCUUCAGGCCCCGGCCUGCCACGAGAAUAUGGUGAAGGUUGGCGGCUACAUCCUAGGAGAGUUUGGCAACCUCAUCGCUGGGGACCCGCGAUCAAGCCCGCAGGUGCAGUUCCACCUCCUCCAUUCCAAGUUCCACCUCUGCUCCGCGCCCACACGAGGCCUCCUCCUCUCCACCUACGUUAAGUUCAUCAACCUGUUCCCGGAGAUCAAGCAGACGAUUCAGGAUGUCCUGAAGAACGACAACCAGCUGCGGAACGCCGACGCUGAACUGCAGCAGAGGGCUGUGGAGUACCUGAGCCUCAGCGUGCGGACCUCGUCCGAUGUCCUGGCACCCAGCACGGCCAGCCCCGUGCAGCUUCCACAAGCCCAGCCCCCUCCUGCGGCCGUGCCCCCGUCCACGGACCUCCUUGGGCUGGACGCCGCCCCGGUGGCCCAGCCCGCCUCGGCCUUUGGCAUGGGCAUGGCCAUGGCCAUGCCCGUCGCCCCCGCAGCGGCCAUCAAUAGCUUGGCAGCGCAGCCGGCUGCAGCCCAGAACACCCUCCUGGACAUCUUUGAUGCCCCUCCCCAGAUGCCGGCUGCGGUCCCCAGCACCGCUGCCGCCGACACCGGUGCCCUGUCGCCGGGCGCUGAGGAGAAUUUCUUGAAAUUCAUUUGUAAAAACAAUGGCGUCCUGUUCGAGAACGACCUGCUGCAGAUUGGCGUCAAGUCGGAGAGCAAGUCCAUGUACUGUCGCCUGGUGCUGUUCUUCGGCAACAAGACCAGCAUGCAGUUCUCCGACUUCAGCUCCACGGUCACCUCGCCGGAUGACUUGGCGUCCAGGCUUGUCGUCAAGGCACCCCCGGUGAACAGCAUCAUAGACGGUGGGGCCCAGGUGCAGCAGAUCAUCACGGCCGAGUGUGUGCAGGAAUUCACCGUGGCGCCGCUGCUCAACAUUAGAUUUGUCUUACAGCAGACAGGUAGCCAGUCUCCCGCAUCUAACCCUGACUCAAGCUCCGGAGGCUCCAUGCAAUACAUCAACCUGAAAGUUCCCAUUAUGAUGUCCAAGUUCUUCCAGCCCACCACCAUGUCCUCUGCCGAUUUCUUCACGCGUUGGAACCAGCUGAAUGCACCGGCGCAUGAAUAUCAGAACAUCUUCAAGGCCAAUUUCCCCAUGGACAGAGACGGCAACAAGACCAAAUUGAUGGGCUUUGGGAUCGGUCUCCUGGAGGGCGUUGACCCCAACCCAGACAACUUCGUGUGCGCUGGCAUCAUCCACUCCAGGUCUGCCCAGAUAGGGGUCCUGCUACGCUUGGAGCCCAACAAGGCUGCCCUGAUGUACCGACUGACGUUACGCAGCAGUAAAGAUGACGUGUCGAAGGAGUUGGGCAGACUCUUGUCCAGCCAGUUCUGAGCAGCUGUAACCGGAUCGAUCCAGUUCCAUAAUGCAGGCCCUUUCUGUAGUCGCGGAGUUGGCUCGGAGCUGACCCUCGACCGGUUUGAUCCAGUUUCCACUCGGCCUGCUCUUUGUACACUCGUGCGCGCAUUGGAAAGCCACUUGCAAAAGCUGCCUCAAACCGGUUUGCACUGGUCCCAUCUGCAGCCUGUCCCUGAGUUGUCUUCAAAAACUAGCCAGGGGUGGUUGGUGCUGAUUCGAUUCAGUCCUUUCAUGCGUUAACCGGUGGGGAGCAGUUUGUGCUGGUUCGGGCCGGUUUGCAGCAGCUUCUGAACCAGUUCAGACCGGUUUACAGCACCCCCGCUGGCCAUUAUGUUAUGUCUGUGCAGAUGUUAUAGUUUUGUAUCAAAUAGUUAAACAGGGAUGCGUCGGGUAAAAGUCGCUUUUAUUUAGUUUCAACUGGCAUUCAUGUCUGUCACAGGCAACUGUCAAAGGACAAAAGGCCGACAAAACUUAAAAUAUUUUUUCUUCAGUUUAUAAAUCAUUUGUUGUAUAAUUCAUUGUUUCUUACAUUUGUGCUCUAAGUUCAGCUUAUCUUAUAUAAAGCCAAUCUAGUCCAUCUAAAGUAGUGGAGGUACUGUAGGUCCUGCCGUCCCUGUCACCCAAUCCUGCUGAGGCAUCUCAAAACUGUCACAAAUUUAGAAGACUUUAAAAAAAGUCGACACCUGUGUUUGUAGUCCACGUAUGCACCGGAUGAUUUAAGAUGAGGAAAGAAUGUCUCUUCUCUCUCUCAGCGUUUGGGAAAUUGUCUUUAUAUUUAGCUCAGCGGCCUAGUAAGCAUUAUCCUCAGAGCCUGUUCUGUGAUUAGAGGUAAGAGGAUUCUGGUGGAACGUCUGAAGCGUCCAGUUGUUGAAGGGCGUUUGUACAGUGUACAGAAUUCUCUGCAGCACCCGGCUCUUAUAGGGUUGUCUGCGGAAGACGGAAAGGGAGGCCACACAGAACGACUUGCAUGAUAUGCGUAUUAUGCUCAGAAAGUGCUCAGUAUGUACUUUAUGCAUUCUGCGUGGCUUCCUUUUCCCUCUACCGCCAUCAAUGAGGUGUGUGACAGUGGGGUAACCUUUGACCUUGCCAGUUGCCAUGCUAAAAACGGAGUUCGACAAGCAAACGGAUAUUCAUGUUUAGUGCAUUUUCUGACUAAUCAGUCACAAGGUAAGGCCGACUUGAUGUGCCGUGUGUCUUCAAAAAGCCCUGUCCCAAGCAUUUCUGUGUUUUAAACGGAAAAAAAAACACCCAGCAUUGCUUUGUCCAUAACUGUAAGUUAGAGUGGACCUUAGUAAACUUAGAAUCAUGUUUAUCUUCAAUACGCCGUAACCGUUGUCGAUCAUUAACAAAUUCUAUUUGUAUAAAGUAAACUGAGCAGUGGUUUAUCCAAAUCAAAUCAGAAAUUUAUUGAAACAUUAUACAUAGUAUUGAUGUAAACAUGUACUUUAAUGGCCAAUAUUUCUUUUUUUUGUAGUUUUAAUAAACACUUAGUUGCUUGUGUAUUCAGCAUGUAGCGUGAUGAUUCCAAAGGGAAAAAAAAAGAAAAAGAAAAAAAAAAGAUUUUUUUUCUCAGUUAUCGGUGACAUCCGCUUGAUGUUUGAUGUCAAGGAUGUCAAGAGAUGUCCCAACAUUCCUCGGCUGUUGUGGAGGGUCCAUUGCCACUGUUACCAUCGUUUUCCAAUAACUUCACUUUGAUUUGUAGGAGGCCGGUGGCAGUCGUCUUUCAUACCCGACUUUCAGAUUGAUUUUAUUUUUUUGUUAUUUUGUAUUAUUUUUGGAUGAAGUUGUGGAUCCAGUCCCAGAUUGUCCGUGUGCAGGCCGUAGGCUGCACAGACUUAAGCUGUGCCGUAAUCGUCCACCAGUGCCCAUCAGUUUUAUGACAAGUUGCCAAAUGUUUAUCAGCAUAUGUACAGAAGAAAGGACCAUCCACACUUGUCAGUUUUUGUUGAGGUUGGCCGUUGGUCAUGCGUGCCAUUUUCUUCCAUUUUUGUUUUAUCUUGGGAUUUGAUGAGGUGGUUACAAAACUCAGACAGUUAAGACGUUUUUGUCAGGAGUGGUUUUUAGAAUUGUAAUAUGUCAUCAAAGGGGACUCUGACGUCAUUGUGCAAAAGUGAUAUUUUGUAAGACCUCAAAUGUGGAGACAUUUAUAUAUGUUCCAGAUGCAUGUUCCAGAUAUACAUUACCGCCCUCAUUAGAAAUGUGCCUGGCCUUUCCUUUUUCUUUGUACAAGCAUUUUUUAAAAAGCUUGAUAAGUGAAAACCCCAUUCUUUUCUGAAUUAGGCUUCUCAUAGGUAGUAAAAGUGGUUGCUCUGGAAGCUUUGUUUUACUGUCAGUGUGAAAAGGUGACAAUAUUCAGCUUAAGAAGUUUGGACAAAUGAUUGAAGUUUGGACAGAUAACUCUGGUAAAAACGGCACAGGUGUAAAAAAAACUACAUGUAGUAAAUGGUCGAUGUGUACAAAAGCUAUACGACCUUUUGGAAGAGAAAAUGGACACAAUUUAGCAAGCACGUGUUGCGGUUGCUGUUUUCACAUGAUCAAAUGCUGAAAUGAACUGAUGUAGUGUAGUGUAGAUUUUAAGAGCAGGUCCGAAGGAAGAGGGCACAAGUUGAUGGCAACUCUCCAUGGUAACGCUUGGCAGAGAUUUGUCGCCUGACUGGCUUCGGAGACCGAUAUUUAAAUAACCAUUUUCUGUAACCCAUUUUGUACUGAACUGUAUACACGUAUUGACCACGUAAGUUUCGAACACCCCUUUAUUGAUGCACAUCAGUGAUGGAAAUAUGCCAUGGCACUGAGGGAUAGCAUCGCUUAGUGUGUAUAUUAUAUUGAGUGUAUCGAGUGAUAAUUUCUGCUGAAUUAAGACCAUUGGCCCUUGAUGAAUUGGUUCCAAAAAGGGGGCCAUCAUUAUUGAAUGUUUUAUUUCUCUGUGUUUAAAAAAAAUAAAAUAUGAGCACAGAAAUUUGUGAGCUGUUGAAUAAAAAUGUUUAUUAGACUAAGUCCUGUACACUUCCAGACUUCCUUCAUACUUUUAGUCUGUGAUGGUUUUGUAUUAAAUCUUGUGUACUUUCUGAUGGCAGCCAUUUUUGAAAGGUGCUGUUUUUUUACAUAUAUAUCUAACUUUCCUUAUUUUUGGGAGGAUGAGUUUUAAUAUACUGCACAUGUCCUCAAUUACAUUUCUUGGUUUUAUCUCAACUUACAUUUCGUGACUUCACUGAGAAGCGGUCUUGGGAUAAACUUUGUUUUUCAUAUACUUUGCACCUUGCUGUGGAGCGUUUCUGGCACCCCAAAACAAAAUGGAAUUUUACACAAAAAUUGUUCUUUCUUUGGAAAAUCGUUUAUUGGCUAAGAUUAAAUUUAGCUCCCGAGGUAAUAACAAUGUUUUCUGUCCUGGGUGAUUCAUGUAUAUGGAUUGGGCUUAUUAUGGGUUGAAUGUUUUUGCAGUAACCUCAAAGCAUAAAAUGAGCUUUAACAUAAAUUUUUAUACAGCAAGGUAGCAAAAAAUACAAAACUGAAGCAAUGAAAAUAAUCCUUUUUAUACUAAAGAGAAAUGGAGGAGAAAUGUUUGUACAUGCAAAAAAACCAGCAAAGAUGGAAUAUGUUCAUGCCUAUCGUAAAUACCUCCAUAAUUAUACACAUAUUCAGCUUCUCUGCCACUUUCCUCUCCAAGUUGUGUUAAGCAGGGUACAUAAAUGCAAGUGCAAAUGACCUCUGUACUCGGGGGUUCCCGCAGCCUGAAAAAGUCGUAGAAUUUAAUUAUCCUUUAGGUGCAGGAACCCUGUGUUCUGGUGACAUCCUACCAUGCUUCUAUGUGCAGUUUUCCAAUGGAGCCAGUGGGGGCCCACGGUCCACUGCGCACCAGAGGAAAGCACACACAAAAUGUGCCAUCAUCAACACACGGUUGCAUUAAUGGGUUACCGACCAACAGAUGUCAGUUGAUUUUCAUACUUUGCCCAACUGGUUCCCCGCUCAUUUGCUAAAUUUGAUUACAUGCGAUUUCUCAAUGCAUUGUUUUUCCCGCUCGGCAGCUCAGCGCAGACCAGGUCUGGGCAGUGUAGCACAUGGCGUUCCCUGAUAUUAAAUCACCCGAUUUAGCCAUCAAUGGAUUCUGAACUUAGAGCACAACCCCUACAUGAUUAAAAAACAAUAAGAGAAAUUAACUUCAAUUCUACUCCAUAAUAAUGCAGUGCUACAAUAAAAUGUCAAAGCACAAUUGAUUUCCUAAAAAGAAAAAAAAAGUGGGUUAAAUUCCACAUUUAUUUGAGAAGUGCAUACCACAAUGAUGUUAACAGCUGGCCCAGAUCUACCCAAUGACUGCCCUUUUUGAAAAAGAUUCACUUUUGUCACAUUCAAGUGAACUUGAAACAGUACAAGGGUAUAUUGGCAACCUCUGACCCCAGAUCAGAGUAACUGGGAAAUCGUUAAAGACUCAUCCGAGGAGACACCAUUACUGCGGUGGCGCUGUGGCAGGCACACAGACCUGACACGCACUUUCAUGCAUGUGGCAAAUCAUGACAUCCUAUUGGUUGAAGAAGCAUAAUGUGUGCAUAUCACCGGUCCACGAGCACUGUGCCACAGCGGUAAUGGCUCCUUAUUCAGGGAACCAACUUAUCUGCUCCAAGCGGAACAAAAAGGGCUGUAUUUUUGGUACUUGCCGCAUAGGCGCAUUAAUAGUGGAGAUCAGUGGCGCGUUUGAUGCUGAGUACGCGCAAUGAAUUUAUUCCUUAAUGUAUGGUCUUUGCGUAUAUGCAGAACGCGUGCCAGAACCCGCUUGGAAAGCUUACAACCAUCUGUCUUCCUCUUUCCACUUGGCGGUGCACCUCAAAUCGGGACAGAUACUAUACGGGCACUACAGCUAUGUGCCAUCAUGCACGGAGUUCGGUAGAGCGUGUCACCAUACUGCAGUCAGCAAUUUAGACACUUGAUAAAAGCAUGGAGGAAGGAAACCAGGCCAGCAAACCUCCUACCGCCCACGUUGUUGAAUAAUAAAAAGAAUACGCACCAAGACUAGAACACUGCACCUGCAUGUAGAUUGAAAAUUUCUGAAAAGUGAACAAGACACCCAGUUCCAAAAAGGGGAGGGGCAUCUCAGAAUUCUGGAGUAUGUACACCUUGAGUGACAGGCAAACACUUGGGUAUUAAAAAGACAGAUCCCCAAAUCCUCGUCCAAACAAUUAUCCAUAAUAAGUAUGUCACAGAGUUUCUCUAUGCUAGGCCAUCCUUUGCUGAUAUAUAAAUCAGCCAAGUACAUGUACUGGUAACUAUACUCCAUAAAUUCACUCCAUGUUCUAGGGUUCAAGGGACACGUACACUGUGUUGACAGUAACGAAAACUAUGGUUUUCUACCCAAUCUAAACAUAUACAUGUAUUUCUGUCUAGUCUAUGAACCACUUGUUAUCCUGAAGCUGUAGGGCUAUUUUUGGCACCAUAUUAAGCCUCACAUGAAUGUCUGUACGCACAGUAAAUGAGGUUUCGUUGCAAGGACUAUCCCCUCGUUCACCUAUCACCUUUUAUAAUCUUGUCAUAGACGGACUGCACAAAAACAGACAUGCAAGACUUCCUGAUACGGUAGAUGUGAGAACCCUCGAUAUUUGCUGUUUGAUCAAGACAAGGAUCAGCUUUUGUUGCAAAAGUGCUCUGUGAGUUGACUUUAAUGCCAAAGGGCGUGACACCGAGCAACAUUCAACAACUGGAUAAACAUCUGGGUCAUGUUACGGAGAAAAACUACGGUCCAAUAUAUUUUUUUUUGUCCCUGUCACAUGUUACAUCGUACUUGUAAGUAUAAAAUACAUUUUAAAAAAAAAUUCUACGAGUGAUUAAGUAUAAAACAUUACCUGCUUAACAAAUAAAAAAAAUCUGAAGUCGGUUUUAUUGAUAUUUCCACAUCAAAUUAAACAGGCCAGGGAUAACAGGGACACUGCUAGCAAUAUCAAUGCAAAACGUCACCAGUUUCCUUGUUUUGGAGUGUUUUUUUCUCCAAGAAUAAAAACUCUGAGGGUCUUGAAAUUUGUUGCAUGGAUUUCCACUACAAGCUUUUUGAACGGCAGUCGAGUUUCAGGUUUUUUUUAACAAUACUUAUAACUGAUCACAUCACAAACUAAAACAGUACAUAUAUGUAUCUACCGUCUACCAUUACCGAAAGAUCUGUUUAAAAAAGGUCAGGUUCCAAUUACUGGACAUGUACACUGUACCACUCCCUUUUGAAAACCUGGUCAAAAGUGUGAAUGACGUGGUAUUGGUCACGUUUGCGGGAGCCCUACAGCCCUCCUGGUAAUCAGAAGUGCAGCGAAAGCACCUGCUGUGAAUAUUUCAAAGGCGUUCUCCGUAUUCCAUAAUUCCAUGCAUAUCUAGCAAGACUGUUGAUUUGGACUUAGGGAUAAUAAAAUCUGCGUGACUUUUUCAAGUAAAACAAAGUAGAAAUACAGGAGGUUUAUAUGUACGUAUACAGAAUUGCACAAACGUAUGGUGAAGCACAGCAAAGUCUGGGUUCUUUUAUGGGGGGGGGAAUUUCUCCUUGAUGUGGAAGACCAUUACACUAAUCUCACGACUAUCCCUUAUGUUGUGCGUGUCCAUACAAGCUUUUUUUUUUUUAUUGGGGCUAAAUAUCUCAAAUCGUAAGAUGUGCCUACACACAAGAAUUGCCUUACUCAAAGGGGCCAUAUAACAAGUGUGUAUAACACACUUUAAAUGACAACCUGAUAUGUUGAUAAAGCACUUCUCUUUUUUACUGAGUUUCAAACUACAUGUACUAAAAAAAGUGGAUCUAUACAAAACAUGUUGAAGAGUCACCGUCACCUGUUACAAAUUUCCACUACUAAUUGGACACUCCAAAACCUACUCUAUGGGCAGCUUUAUCAGUGGAAUGAUACCAACAAACUACUGCAGGGGUGUGAGUGGCUGAAAGCAGCUAGCAAACAGCUGAAAUGUAAAACGUUCCCAUACUUUUGUAGAGACCAGGUGUACAAAAAAGCUGACAUUCAGGGUCAUCUACGCAAAAAAAAGCUGAAAUCAGCUAAAAAACUGAUUCUCACACCUCUGCUACCUGUCCCCAUUAUGUGAUUUGCGGGAUAUAACCAAACGGCAUGCAAGAUCCUUUCACCUCACAACCGGUGAAGUAAAAUUUUCAUUACAAGUUUUGAGUAAACUACGUGCCCCAUUUUGGGUACAUGUAGACAGACAAUGCACAUGACAGGCAAUAGGAGACGGUUUUUAAUAACAAAAGAAUUCUGUUUGUUCAAUUGAUUAAUAUUUCAGUUUCAAAAAUGUCACUUCAGAGCUGUACACACUGUAUACUGUCAAAUAUUUUCCUUCUUUAAUACUGGUAUAUGUCUUGGGUUACCUGCUAAGCUCGAUCUACCCAAAUCCAAUAUCGUGCAGUUAGCCUAUGGAAUUUUUUGUUGGAGGGGGCAUCAGAGACCAAUGUAAAAGUAGAAGGGUCAGUGCCGUGCAGUUGUGAAUCUAUCAGAAUCAGAUGAAAAAUUGAAAUAGUUGGAUUUUGAUUGAUAUGGGAGGAGUGGGAGUCAUUUUGGCCUUGACAAGUCUCCAAACCCGUCAUGCUUGGUUUCAGAGUACGAGAAAAAAAAACAACAACUUUACAGGCAUCACUGCGACAGGGUGUGAAAGCAUCGGAAUCGGCCACAUGUGACACGCUCUGAAAAGAAGGUAGAUAAUGUUGCAAAAAUGAAA